ACUUUUUUAUUUCCGUGCUCCCCUGCCUGUUUUCAAUAUUUGACUUUAUUUUUUGUAAAUUUUAUUGAAUAUAUGUAAUAAAAAUGCUUACCGUCUGCAGAGAAGAGCUACCCAACCCCCACAGGAAUCGCGUCCAUGAAAUCCUGAAUACUUUAGUCUGCCAUGAUAACGAUUUACGGCGAAUAAAUACUGAGCUGCGUAAUAUACAAGAUGAAUUUAAGAAUCAAAUGGAUAAGAUAAAUAAUGGUUGUGCAAGAAUAAACAGUAAAGAAUGCUUAGGAACAGAUAAAUACAUCAACUUUACGCGAAAGAUAACUACGAUGCACGAUCUAAAUGAGUGUGUCUCAAAGAAAAUUGCUGAACUGAAUAAAAACCGAGACGAAAUAAUUAAUGAUGCACGCCAAUGCAUUUUUGGAUUAAAUAGUGAAAAAUGCAAAUUCCGGCAAUUUCAUGAGAAAACAGUUGAUUACUUAAAACGAUAUGCUAUCAAUUCAGAUGACCCCACUGUGAUAAAUAAUUGUGAAAAGGAUAUUUGCGAAAUGCACAAACUCUUUGUAAAAGAAGUUUCCUGGAUAAAAAAAUGUGAAAAUGAAUUAGAAUCUUUUUUUCAAUUAUGUAAUUUGCCAGAUAUAAGUAAUUGUUGCUGUUUUAAGGACUACAAUUGGCUUCCAAAAGGUAAAUCGCUUGAAAUGGUCGAUGAUGUUGUGGAUGAAAUAAAAUGUCUUAUGGGUGCGACGUUGACCAAAGCGUUUGCUCAGCUUCAUGUACGUCAGGCAGCGGAUAUUAAAUCGUUUUUAGCCGCUUAUCUUAUGAAUUUAGAACAUAAUGAGGAAGUGCUCAAAGAAAAAUUUAAUAUUUUCGGUAGUUUAUCAUAAAUAAGUCCUUAACAAUUAAUUCAUAGAUAUUUCUAUAUAAUUUUUCCACAUAAACAUGGGAGAGCUGUUAAUAGUUUACAAAGGUAUUCACGUUUUAACGCCACCGCGGUAGCACCUUUCUGGAAAACUCUGAAUUAGAUUUGUAGGCAUUGGCAACUUGGAACUUGGUUGGACCAACAAAAACUUCUCUUUUCACAGUACUUUGUUGUUUGCUAAUUUUAGCGCCUUUGUAUUGGUAUUGAUAUGGUAAAAAAUAGCAAGAUCUGUGACUGCGGUGGCUUUAAAGCGUAAGUACCUUUUUGAAUGAUCACUCCUUUGAAAGUAUAUGAAAGAAUUAAACAUUUUUAAAUUAAAUCGAAAUUCGAAAAUCAAA